AUGGACAGCUCAGAAGUAAUACCAACUCCUAACAUUCCAGUCAGUCCAAAACCCAUUAAGAAAGUCAAGAGAGAAGAAGAUGCUAUUGAAUUGGGUAUAAGAUAUCCAAUUUUAAAAAACGAGUUACUGGUGCAGAGAUUCUUGAAAGUACCAAUGACAAAUAAUCAGAAAGGUCGCAUCCGUCAAGCGAUAAAAGAGUCUCUUCAAGGUUCAAGCAAUGCAAUAGUACCAGAUAUAGUCCACGGCAAGAUACAAGCAAUACUAAAAAAUAAUAAUGUUCUAACAGACUCUCAUCUCAGACGCAUCCGUAUACUGUACAACCUUCUAACAAACGCACUGAGAGGUGAAAAGAUUAUUGAUGAACCACCACAUAGAUCAUCAUCCACUCUAAAAGCACCCUCGACGAUAAAAGCCCCAUCAACAUUAAAAAUGACAUCACCCAAAGCACUGCGAACAUCAAAAUCACCACCAGUUCUAGAAACAAUAAAAGAAAAGCCGCAAAGAAAACUCGAAAAGAGAACUAAUGAAAGUCCAGAUAAAGAGAAACCAGUUGAAAAAAAGAAAAAGGAUCAGCUUGUGAAGAAAGUUCGAGGUCCAAAGAGAUAUGUUGUGUUUUUGGGUAAUCUGCCGCUCGAUAUCAAUAAGGAUAAGAUAAUGGCACACUUCUCGGAGAUGAACGAACACAUAAAAAGUAUACGGAUACCCAAGCCAAGGGAAGAAAAGAAGAGUGCCAUAGCUUUUAUGGAACUUACCAACGAAGCUAGCUAUGAGUUUGCACUAUCUAAGCAUCAUUCAAUGCUUGGCAGGAAAAGGAUAAAUGUUUUGUACACUGCACAGAAACAUGGAAGAGUGACAGUAGCCGAUGCUAAGAGCAAAUCAGCAAAAUUAAUAGCACUGCAGAGGUCGGGCAAGUUGGUCGGCAGUACAGCGCUUGUUAAGAAAAGGAGUCAGCGACGUCUCAAGAAGAAACUGGCGCAAGCUAAGGAAGCACAAGACACAUGA